UCAUUUUUAAAAAAUUUAAAUAUUUUCAUUGUCAACAUUGAGAUGAUAAUUAUUUUGACAGCAAAACAAUUCUCUUUGUAAUAAAUAACUUUUGAUAUUAAAAAAAAAUACAUCAGCACAGCGCCACAGUGAGUAAAAAUAAAUUCAUAGACGACCCGCGGACGACUGUUUCCCAUCUGUGGUUUUCGUGGUGAACACGAGGCUCUCUAAUAGUCGCGUCGAGAAAAUAUCAAUCUGGAUUAUUUAAAGAAUAGUUUAUAAAAUUAUUAACUAACAAAUAUCUGGUUUUUAAAACUUAGUUCAUCAGCCUCGUAAAUAUUGAUUUUUCAAAGUUAAAAUUAUGGAGAACGCAUGGGAUGCGGAUGAUAUCAGCUCAAAACUUGAGUUGACCUUGCGAUCGAAUAAAUGGGAGGGUGAAGAUGAAGAGGAAGAAGUCAAGGACAGUUGGGAAGAUGUAGAUGAUGAAGAAGAGAAAAAAGAUGUUGAGAAACCCGCUGAUGCACCAAAACCUAAGCCUAAACCGAAAAAGAAAGUAGCUGAGAAAAUCGAAGAACGAGAGAGGAAAGCUCGUGAAGAAGCCGAAAAGAAGGCAAAGGAAAAAGAAGAAGCGAUGACACCUGAGGAAAGGAGAGCUGAGCAGUUAAGGCGACAAAAAAUGGCUGAGGAAGCAGAUCUACGACUGGCGAUGGAAACUUUUGGCGUCACAGCUAUUGAUGCAAUGCUCCCUGAUACUAAAGAAGAAUUCGAUCAGUUUGGUGAUGCAUUGGUACAGAAGAUCAAUCAAUUUAAGUCGCACAUCGAGUAUCCCGCAUUUGCGGAAGAACUUAUUAAUCGUAUAUCUGUUAAUUUACCAUCAGUUUCUCUAAAGAAACUCAGUACAACAAUCAACAAUCUAGCUAUUGAAAAACAAAAAAUAGAAAAAGGCGACAAGGGUAAAAAAAGUAAAGGUAAAGGAAAAGCAAAAUUAAAAUUGGAAGGAGACAACACCCAUUUGAACGAAUACGACAGUUAUUCGUAUGAUGAUAAUUAUGAUGAAUUUAUGUAGCGGCCGUUAUUCAUUCUGACAAUUAUAUUGAAUUAUUCUAUAAAUACAAAUGAUUUUUAAAUAAUAAAUUUAAUAACAUUUAAUAUUAAUAAUAAUUCGUUGACAAUUUUAUUGAAAAAAUUGAUAUGUUAUUUGAAUAAGAAUUAUAUAUAUGAGAAGAACAA